UUCAAUCGAUUGGAGUCACGUGUGGAGCGUCUGAAAUACAUUGAUGCGGCAAAAUGGCAGACAAGGAAUCGUCAGACACGUCAUUUUCUUCAUCGCAAGCUUCAAACCCACUGUCAAGGAAGCUUAACAAAAUAUUGGAGACACGGCUUGACAAUGACAAAGAGAUGCUUGAAGCACUGAAGGCUUUGUCAGUCUUCUUCAGUGAAAACAGUCUGCGAACAAGAAGAAAUCUGAGAAGUGACAUUGAACGCAGAAGUUUAGUCAUCAACGAAGAUUUCUUACAAGUAUUCCAAUCUGUGAAAGAGCAACUUGACAGUGUGUACAAUGAUGUUAAGUCUAUGAACGAAUGUUGUCAGGACAUGACCAGUAGGCUGAAGGCAGCAAAAGAACAGACGCAUGACUUAAUUAACCAGACAACAAAGUUACAGUCGGAGAGCCAAACCCUGCAAGUGAAAGCCCAGGUGGCAGAUGCGUUUCUGGAGAAAUUUCAGCUGAAGCCAGAAGAGGCCACAGCUUUGAGAGGGAGUCGGGAUGGAACACUUCACAUGGACUUCUUCAGGGCAUUGGGUAAAGCAAAAGAAAUUCACAAACAUUGCAAGAUAUUACUGCGAACAAACCAACAGACGGCUGGACUGGAAAUAAUGGAAACUAUGGCUCUCCAUCAGGAAUCAGCCUAUGAACGACUGUACAGAUGGGCCCAAAAUGAAUGCCGAAUGCUGACUGGAGAUUCCCCAGAUGUGUCGUCCAUGUUGUGUCAGGCCAUGGAAGCUCUAGAAGACAGACCUGUACUCUUCAGGUAUACCUUGGACGAGUUUGGUACUGCCAGGAGGACCGCUGUUGUUCGUGGACUCAUCGAUGCAUUGACCAGGGGAGGUCCUGGAGGAACACCCCGUCCCAUAGAGCUCCACUCACAUGACCCCACUAGGUAUGUGGGGGACAUGUUGGCAUGGUUACAUCAAGCAGCAGCAUCAGAGAAGGAACAACUCCAGUCCUUGCUAAAGAAAUGUCGUUCCAAUGGAGAACAGAUACAGGACAUUCUUGGCCAUAUCACAGAAGGGGUGUGUCGACCAUUCAAGGUGAGGGUGGAGCAGGUGUUGGUGUCAGAACAGGAUGCUGUCACUCUCUACAAACUGCACAACCUCCUCAAGUUCUACCAUAACACCAUCUGUCAGAUCAUCUGUAAGGAUGCAGCCCUGUUGAAUACUGUAGCUGAGAUCCAGGACCUUAGCCAUAGAAUGUUCUUCAAUAGCCUCAACUGUAAUGCCAACAAACUCCUUGACAAGGUGGAGUUACCUCCCUCAGAUCUUGGUCCUACAAACUCUUUGAAUCAGACGCUGCAGCUGCUGAAAGACGUACUGGCUUGUCAUGAUGCUUCUGUAGUGGCUAUAGAUGACAAAAAACAAGACUACAAACAGAUCCUGUCUUGUGUGAUUGACCCUCUGGUACAGAUGUGCUCUGUGUCUGCGAGUCGGCUCAACUCGACAGAUAUGGCCGCCUACAUGGCCAACUGUAUAUAUCUGAUGCAGACAACGCUGGCCAUGUACGAGUUUACAGACACUCGACUCGAGAUGCUGCAGGCUCAGGUGGAUGCCCAGAUAGAUACCCUGGUGAGUGAACAGGCCUCAUUUGUACUCAAUAAGGUCGGCCUGGCCUUUGUGUAUGGGACAGUCCAACAGCAUCAACCCAAACAGGGUCCUUUAUCAGCCCUACCGGAUAUGGGUGGACCAGUUCUCAAAUCUGCAAUGUCCAAGUUUGAUAGUUACAUGGCAUCACCCGACUCACUAGUACUGCCUCAGAGUAGACUUCUUCUCAGUGGACGAGUCAGAGAAACAGUGAAGAAGAAUUCAGCAGACCUGAUAUGUUCUGCCUACAAACAGAUCUACGAUACCAUAUGUGAUCCAGCCAAUGAGUACAAGGAAUCGCCCAGUAUAGUGCCACGCACGCCGGACCAAGUGGUUAGAUUGUUAUCAUGAUCACACAGACUCUUUGAUAGAAAUUCUUCCUUUAAAAGGAAGGUAUGUUGAUAGGGUUCGUGAAGUGAGUAUUAAAUGAAAUAUGAAUGGUUUGUACAUUUUGGUGGGCAAUGUUCUGUAAGUACAUGUAUGUUAAUGUUAGAGAUAAAAUAUAUCUGUGAUAUAUAUAUGUACAUAUAUGCAUAUUUAUGAAAUUUUACCUAUACAGGUAUAAACAGUAAGAUGGAUGGAAGUGUACUAGGGAGACCAAGAUAAUGUUUUGGUAAAAUAAAGAUUGUGGGAAUUGAA